GGGCACUGGGUCAGACAUUGGAUCGUCUGACUGGACAGCGGGCAUUGGGUCACCAGGCAUCAAGUCAUUUGGCUCGACAGCGAGCACCGCGUCAUCUGGCAAGGCAGUGGCUCCGAGUCAACUGGCAUGACCGCGGGCACUGGGGCAGACAUUGAAUCGUCUGGCUGGACAGCGGGCAUCGGGUCACCAGGCACGACAGUGCGCACCGGGUCAUCAGGUACCGGGUUGUCUGGCUCGACAGCGGGCAUCAGGCAUCAGGUCAUUUGGCUUGCCAGUGGGCACCGCGUCAUCUGGCAAGGCAGUGGGCACCGGGUCAUUUGGCUUGCCAGCGGGCACCGCGUCAUCUGGCAAGGCAGUGGGCACCGGGUCACCAGGCAUUGGAUCGUCUGGCUCGACAGCGGGCAUCGGGUCACCAGGCAUCAGGUCAUUUGGCUCGCCAGCGGACACCGCGUCAUCUGGCAAGGCAGUGGGCACCGAGUCUUCAGGUACGACAGCGGGCUCUGAGUCAAUUGGCACGACAGCGGGCACCGGAUCAGGUACCGGAUCAUCUGGAUCAACAGCGGGCAUCGAGUCAACUGGC